CGACGUCCCCAGCAGAGGAAAAGCACGACGGCCGCCUCGCACCGCCGCAGCAGCGUGUCUCCACCCGUGCCUCUGCUCCAGUCCCCUCGCGCCAUAAUGGACGACGCGAGACACGUGCACACGUCCUCGUCGCAGUCUCUCGGCGUGUCUUCCUCCACGGUCUCGGACCCAGACGUCAACAUGCUCCAAGAGGAGGGUAACGCGCCUCCCGCCGCUCUGCGCACGUGUAUGCAGUCCACUACCCGAUGGUUCCAGCUCGUCAUGUUCUUCGCCUUCGUCAUAGCUCUCGUGCUGGCUAUGGCCAGCACCUACGAGAAUCUGAGCCCAGGACUCAUCUGGGGCGGCGUACUCUCGAUUUUCUCCGUCUUUUUCGUCAUCUUAUCGUACGCCAGUGUGCCCAGCUACCGCCAGCAUCCAAACCCGCUUGUGUUCUGGCGUACAAUCGCCGACGCCGUCUUCGUGAUGCAGCUAAUGGCGCAACAGUUCGUUCGGUGUCUCUUCUUCGACUGUGUGCCGCUCUGUAGCAGUACAAACCUGCAGUGUGGCUGCAGCACAGACAGCGGCGCUGGGUCUACGUGCGAAGUGUUCGCUGGUCUCUUCGAGUUCACCUUGCUGGCCUCUGAAUGCUGGUUCUUCUGCAUGACAGCCAACCUUCUCAUGAGUCUCACCAACCCUUUCACGGACUUUAAGAGGAACACGCGGAUGUUCCACUUGGGCUCGUGGUUUAUCCCACUGGUGCUGGGUCUUUUACUAAUGAACACAGACGACUGGGCUGGAUACUCGGACUUGGGUGUGUGCUGGACCAACGCUUUAAAGAACUUACCAGCCGACAACAUGGCCGGGUGUGGGCCUGGGUACGAAGUGACGGACAAUUUCUCGAGUGACUACAAGGCCGUGAACGCCAACAUCAUCAGCUGGCUCUUCUUCUACGUCUGGAUGGGGCUAUUUAUCAUCUUCGGCAUUGCUGUCUGGGUCUGGGCGUGGAAGAGAUUGAGCGAAGGCAUGCCAGAGACCUACGCCGUGCGAGUGCAGAGCAUCAACCGCGCCAGAUUCAACGUGUUUGCCGUGACGUUCUACUGGAUCAUCGUGGUCAUUGUGUACAUCAAGUUCUUGUCCCGAGACCGCGCCGAUCCUGACAAGUCGAGUGAGCUGUUGAACUUUCUCAUUGCUGGCAAAGGAUAUCUCGACUUGGUCAUCUGGUUCGCGCUGAAUGACUUCCAUGUGGCGCAUUUUACGCGCUGUCUUGGCGAGAAUACAGGCGAUAUCGACGUGGAUCUGAACCCGCAGGUGAACGCAGCUCUACGUCGCGAAGUGCUGUUCUACACGACGUCAGGUAUCAUUCAGGCGGUGCAGGCAGCCGAGCGUCUUCCGGCGUCGCAGCGUAUCCAGCAUCUGGCUCUACUUCCACAGACCAAGGCGACAAACGUCACGACCGGCGCGGCAUUCACUGCAGUUCCAGUUACCGAAAGUGGAAGCGCUGCGCACCCGUCCGCAGCUUAUGCUGCGUAUCGCCAGCAACAGUCAAACGCCGUGGAGCGUGUAGGCACCAACGGUGCUGGUGCUUUCGAUGAGAACAUGCGUGUGGCCAAGAACUCGCCACGAACCAAAACGUUCCACGACUACGAGCCUCACGCCUUCAAGAAGAUUCGUGAGCGGUUCGGUGUCAACAAUGAAGCGUAUCUGCAGGCGCUGUCGGCCACGGCGAAGGAGCGUCUGAGUGAAGGUGCGAGUGGGGCUUUCAUGUUUUUCUCGGCUGAUGGCUCUCUUAUCGUCAAGAGUACCAGUAAAGAGGAGUGCUCGUUCCUGCGCAGUAUCGCUCAAGACUACGCCGACUAUCUGUGCAACAAUCCUCGUUCUCUGCUUCUGCGCUUUUACGGCUGCCACUGCCUCGAGCUGUACGGCAAGCAGUUCUCGUUCGUGGUCAUGGCUAAUCUGUUCGAUACAGAUCAAGUGAUCCACUCUCGCUACGAUAUCAAGGGAUCGUGGGUGAACCGUCACGGUGAUCUUCCCAAACGUGGCAAGAAGGUGACGUGUCGUCACUGCAACCGCAAGUACGUCUACCAGAACUCGGCCCCAGAGAAUGCCAACUGCACAGUUCGCCUUGGCGGCCACGAGCCGAAUGUGGUGCUGAAAGACUCAGAUCUGACACAGAAGCUUAAUCUUGACCGCGAUGUGGCGCUUGAACUGUACCAGCAGCUCUCGGCUGACUCGCAGAUGCUCUGCUCUUUUGGUAUCAUGGAUUAUUCGCUGCUUAUGGGCAUUAACGAAGUGGAAUAUGUGGUGGAUGAAGGCAAUAGCACGGACGACGAAGCUGAUGCAACCAACACGCCCAUCCAGUCCAGUGCACAUGGCCCAGCAAAGGCAAACAGCCAACAGCGAUCUUCUGUAUACAAUCCGUUUACGGAGAACUCGAUGAUGGACCCACGCAGUGGUGGAGCUCAGAAUUUAGCGAGAUCGAAGGGUCCUCCGCCCGUUCAGAACCCAUCUUUGAAGAAUCGGCACCACGCCAGCGUAUCCUCAAACGUGGGAUCGUAUAACGCUCGACCGACAAUGGGUGAGCCAGUAAUGCAUCGAAAAGUAUCAAAGCCGCGCGAAUACUCCAAAAUCCGCAGUCGCAAUGGCCGCACCGAAAGUAAUACCUCUUCGUCUGGUCGGCGUCUACCUCGCUCUGGCAUGCGCAUGGCCAACACGGUUGUGGGUCCUGCGUACUACCAUCUUGGUGUGAUUGAUAUUCUGCAGACAUGGACCUUCCAGAAGCGUAUGGAGCGCUUCUUCAAGAUCGCGUUCAAGGGUGUGGACGGGGACGGAUUGUCCGCUAUCCCUCCGAAGCUAUACCAGGCACGUUUCCAGCUCAAGAUGGCGGAUAUCCUGGGCGUAGAAGACCUCGUGAGCGGGGACAACGCUAAUCUGGAUCUAUUUACACAGCAGAACUCGCACAUGGAUGUGGACACGCAGCAAGUGGACCAGCAAUUCAACAUCCAGUCGAUCCGAUCACUGGCGUCCUCGGAGCUCGUAGCAAUUAACCCCAUGGAUUCCCAUUACGCGAACAGCCGCUCGUCCUCAAACCUGCGACAGCGUAGCACGGAAAACUCACAGUCUGUCGGCCAGGACACGGAGGAGUACACGGGCAUCGAUUACCACUUGUAG